AGGCUGGGGACCCCACCCACCCCUUGUGGAGCUGCAGGAGCGGGUGUGCUGCCGACAACGUUGGGCAUGUGGUCCCUGCUCCUGCUCUGGGGUCUGGCGACUCCAUGCCAGGGGCUGCUUGAGACGGUGGGCACACUCGCUCGGAUUGACAAGGAUGAACUUGGCAAAGCCAUCCAGAACUCGCUGGUCGGGGGUCCCAUUCUGCAGAAUGUGCUGGGGUCGGUCACAUCAGUGAACCAGGGCCUCCUGGGCUCCGGAGGGCUGCUUGGAGGAGGCGGCCUGCUGGGCUACGGAGGGGUGUUUGGUGUUGUGGAGGAGCUGUCCGGGCUGAAGGUCGAGGAGCUCACACUGCCACAGGUGUCGCUGAAGCUGCUGCCGGGGUUUGGGGUGCAGCUGAGCCUGCACACCAAGGUGGGCCUGGAAGGCUCCGGGACCCUGGGGGGCCUCCUGCAGCUGGCCGCCGAGGUGAACGUGUCGUCGCGUGUGGCAGUGGGCAUAAGCUCGCGGGGCACGCCCAUCCUCAUCCUCAAGCGCUGCAGCACGCUCCUGGGCCACAUCACCCUGCUCUCAGGGCUGCUGCCCACACCGCUCCUUGGGCUCGCGGAACAGACACUCUUCAAGGUGCUGCCGGGACUGCUGUGCCCCGUGGUGGACAGUGUGCUGAGCGUGGUGAAUGAGCUCCUCGGGGCUGUGCUGAGCCUGGUGCCCUUGAGGCCUCUUGGGUCUGUGGAAUUCACUCUGGCCACACUGCCUCUCAUCUCCAACCAGUACAUAGAGCUGGACAUCAACUCCGUUGUGAAGAGCGUAGCUGGUGACGUCAUCGACUUCCCCAAGCCCCCCAAGCCCAUCAAGGUGCCUCCCAAGGUGGACCACACGUCCCAGCUGACCGUGCCUCUGUACCUCUUCAGCACCAUAUUUGGGCUCCUGCAGACCAACGGUGCCCUUGACAUAGACAUCACCCCUGAGCUGGUUCCCAGCAAUGUCCCAAUGACAACCACAGACCUGACAGCUUUGGUCCCUGAGGUCCUGGGGAAGGUGCCCCCGGGCCAGCAGCUCCUGCUCAGGCUGCAGGUGAAGGAAGCUCCCGCGGUCACACUCCAGAAAAAGAAGGCCGCAGUCUCCAUCGCAGCUAACAUCCACGUGCUGCACCACCUCCCUGCAGGGACUCCGGCAGCCCUCUUGGAGCUGAAUGGGGUUAUGACUUUAAAUGCCCAGCUGGCUCCUUCGGCUACCAAGCUGCACCUCUCCCUGUCCCUGGAACGGCUCAGUGUCAAGCUGGCCUCUUCCUUUGUCCACCCCUUUGAUGUGGCCCAUUUAGAAGAGUGGCUCAGUGAUGUGGUCCGGGUGGCGUAUGUGCCGAAGCUCAACGGGGACCUGGAUGUUGGUAUCCCCCUGCCCAAGGUUCUCAAUGUCGAUUUUGCCCACGCGGUCCUGGAGGUCAUCGAGAAUGCUGUUGUGCUGACUGUGGCAUCCUGAGCUGAGAGAUGGCCACUACCCCUCCCUGUUGACUGCCAAAGUCCUGCCGACCUGCGUACUCUGCCUCAGUUUCCCUCCGAGUCCCUAGCCUGUGUCAGUGACUGUAUAAAUGUCCCUUAUCUGCCCAGGCCCACCCAGGCGCUCUGGCCCUGCAGCUGUGCCCGGCCUGGGUGGGGACUGCAGGGCUAGCCACAGGACUCUGCUUCAGAGAGUGCUCUGGGGCCACCGUGGCCAGUCCCUGGCUUUCAAUAAACCGUCUG